GUAACACAGCAGCUCGAUCAGUCUGGCGAUGUGCUGGGGCCAGGCCUCAAGGACCCGCGCAUGGAGGCACAGGAUGAUCUCGUUCUCAAAGUGCUGCAGCUGGCGCUGCGAUGCACGGCCAAGCGCUAUGCCACUCGGCCCGGUAUGGGGGCGAUCGCAGCCGAGCUGGAGGGGGUUUUGGCAGAACUGAUCGGGUCAAAGAGGAAUGCAGCUGCUGAGGAGGUGGACAAGCAGAUUCUGGACUUGACACCUUCGGCAGAUAUUGAAAAGCAGCUAGCCCGCCUGGAUGCUGCUUUUGAUGAAAGAGAAGGUGCCGUGUAA